CCCUCAUCCUCAACAAAUUCAUUUAAAAAGUGCAAAAACCAGGGACCUUCACCAGUCUCCCAACUCUUGCCAUGGGUUGUUCAGCUGGAUUGGGGUGGUUCAUUCUCCUUGUAGCAGUUGUUAACAUUGAGGCACAAAAUAAGCACCCAAUAAAAAUCAACUCUAAAUGCCUUGGAAACUUGCUGCGUGUGGAUGUCAGUGGACUUGGAGGAAGUUUUCUUGAAGUGUCCGCUGUCAUAAAUAACUCUUCAAUCAUCCUCAUGCCAAGUCUAUCUUCUCAGUGUGGCUUCACCAUCAAGAAAGACCACAGGGGAAACGCUGUGAUCUAUGCCUCCGUCCAAAACUGUUUUGCUCAAAAUGUGGAUGAUAAAGCAUUCACAACAAAACUAGGUCUGCGGCUACAAUCUGACAAUGUGGUUGAAGACGAGUUUCACCUGGUGGAAGAAACUUGCUACUACUCUCCCUGGGCCUCCCGGGAAAUUAUCUGUAAACCCAACUACAUGGAGGUGUCUGUGAAAAAAGCAGCUCCAAAUGAAUAUAACCUGCCUGCAUACUCCGACUCGGAUCCCCGAAAAGCUGCUGAGCAACCCAUGGACGCAAGCUUCAGAAUCAACACAGUGGUGUUCUUCACUCCUGAGGAGAGGGUCAUGCAGGUGGACGAAGCCCAGAGAAAUGGUUAUGGGAUCUCAAGCACUCCUACCAGGCUGUUGCUGCGAAGCCCAAAUCCUUCACGUGAAACAUACACCAAGGAUGUAGCAGGUGUGCCGAUGACUGUGCUCAGCACCUUGAUUAUAUUUGAGAAGACGAAGCUGACUACUCAACUUUAUGCACGAGCCGCUUGUCCUCAAGCUCAGGGUGGGGUUUUCUUUACUGAAACCUCAAUCCGCUGGUUCCUGCCGAGGCGCAUUGACCCUCUGAUUUACUCGAAACACUUCAGACUGUUGGAGAUGAACAUGGGCGUCGAUGGAAGGAAGCUCGAAGCUACAGAGAUUUCGGCCAGAAACUAUUCCCUGACUCUCGAUGACCUUUACGUCAUUGUUGAAAUCCCUAUUGGGGCUGCUGGUUGCCAGAUCAAGAGUCAUGUCCAGGAUGGUCAGUACUUCACUUCUUAUAUGAUUGAGCUGAUGCUCGAGUUGCUCUGGACUGAAGACGACACUAAUGAGGACACGAGAUACAAAGUCUUCCUCCCCGUCGAGACCCCCCUGCAGCUUCAACCUCCACAAGUCAUUGACGCCACUGUUCCCAAGGAGAUGAUGUUUAAGGCGUUGAUUGGGCCGGUGGGCUUUGAUGUAACACUAAAGAACAUCAGCUCCCCCUCUGAGGUUUUGUCCUUGGCCGACUGCAUUGCCAGAGGCUUUAAAGUCUUUGAACAAAUGUCCCCUAACGGCUUCUCAAAGGUCUAUACUGUUGAAGUGCCCUUCACGGACCGUGUCGUAGGACAAAGGAAAGAAAUGGGAGUUACAAUUUACAAUCUUCAUCUGACCUUUGGCUUCCUGGUCCUGCCAAAGCAUGCUCCAUUUACUGCCACUGCUUAUCUGAGAGCUAAACUAGAAGACAUAGGUCUGUACCCAUGGAUAAGAGGAAUUCAUAACAAAACGAGCACAGAUGUUUCAAAGUAUUUUCCUCCCUCUGCAGAUCUUCCCUCUGUCUCAGGUAGCUGUGAUGAUAAGAAUUUCCAUGUCCUCGUGAAAUACGGGACCAAAGGAUUAAACUUUCAGACCAUAAUGGGAAAACGAAUGCUGACCUUGAGCCUGGCUCAGCAGUACGGCUUAAUGGGCAACGACACACAUUUCAGUUUGAUUGUACCAUCUUCUGCAGCUGAUGCUACGGUCGAGGCUGUUGAGGAGUCAUCCAUCAAGAGCAGACUGGAUGUGACUCUGAGAUAUCCGAAGACCAACAAACAUAUCAAAGACUUCUCCUUGACUUGCAACUUCGUCACAAAGCUGAUCGGGUGUUUCCCUAAUGGGACCAUCACGGCUCUGGCUAUAACCAUGGAGUCUGUUCCCAGUCUGAACCCCCGACGGCUCACCCUCAGAAACCCCGCCUGUGGCCCCACAUACAGCAACGACCAGUACGCUUAUUUUGUCUUCACUGCAAACACCUGUGGGACGACCAGAAAGUUUUUGCCCAAUAUGAUGGUGUAUGAGAAUGAAAUCUCCAUCACAGAUGAACUUGAAUUGAGAAAGCUGUCACAGUUGAAGGAGCCGGAGUUUGUGCUUCAGGUGUUCUGUUACUAUGACAUCAACACAAACCAGGCUAUGGGCUUCAACACCCGACCUCGCAGGAGUGAACCGUACACUGACGAUGCAAGAGGCGAGAUGCAGGUUGAAAUGAGAGUUGCUUUGGACGACUCCUACAGUGCGUUUCAGCGCGUUGAGGACGAUCCCAUCACAAAGUACCAACAACAGCCGCUGUAUUUCGAGGUGGAACUGAUGGGAUCUUACAACCCUAAAGUAUCUCUUGAGCUGGCGUACUGCUGGGUGACGUUGGAGGAGGACAAGACGUCCCUCCCUCGAUGGGACCUCAUCGUUAAUGGUUGUGCAAACUCAAGGGACCCGCACCCAGUGAUCUUCCACUCUGUUUUGCCUAAGGGCAGAGUUCAUUAUCCUUCCAACUUCAAGCGGUUUGAGGUCCCGAUGUUUGCCUUCGCCGAAGACAAGGAUAACUUGAACCGCCAGGUCUUUGUCCACUGUGAGGUGGUAAUCUGUGAUGUUAGAAAUCCAGUGGAUGCAGCUUGUAAUGUGCAGUGUUCAGACCAGGACAACACGAUGAAGGGUCAAAAUCGUGACGUUUCAGAUGACCCUGGUUUCAAACACGUAACUUCAGGACCAAUCAUUAUAAUGAGCUCCUAAACAAAGUCCUAAUAAAAUAUUUUUAAAUAAUUCACA